AUGGUCGCUAUCAACUACCUCGCAACCCUGGCCCUGGCGGCCUCAGCAAGCGCCAUCCCCAUGGACUCCCGCCUGGAAGCGCGCCAAAGCUUCUCCAUCCCCGGCAUCGGCGGACAGACCGCCAACGACGUGCAGUCCGGUACCUGCAAGGACGUGACGUACAUCUUCGCGCGGGGCACGACGGAGCAGGGCAACAUGGGCAGCACGGUCGGGCCGGCGCUGAAGACGAAGCUGGAGGCGGCCAUCGGCGCCGACAAGCUCGCGACGCAGGGCGUCAACUACCCGGCCGACGUGGCGGGCACCGUCGUCGGCAGCAUGUCACCCGGCCAGGCCGAGGGCAGCAAGAACUGCGCGCAGCUGGUCAAACAGGCUUUGUCCAACUGCCCGCAGACCAAGAUCGUGCUGGCCGGCUACUCGCAGGGCGCGCAGCAGGUCCACGGCUGCCUCAUCGAUUUGAGCGCCGAUGAGGCGCAGAAGGUCGCGGUGAGUAGUACACUUCCAAUCACUUCUCCCGACCAGCUCCAUAUACCUCCCUGUACCCGACAAACCAAGAACCCCCUGACUGACGUGAACACCGUUCCCAACCACCAGGCCGCCGUCACCUUCGGCGACCCCCUGCGGGCGCAGCAGUUCAAGAACAUCGACCAGUCGCGCACCAAGAUCUUCUGCGCCACCGGCGACCUCGUCUGCACCAACCAGUUCAUCAUCACGGCCGCCCACCUCUCCUAUGCCUCCGAGUCCACCGGCCCGGCCGCCGAGUUCAUCCAGCAGCAGCUGGGCACUCUCGACUCCUCUUCUUCCUCGUCCAACAGCUCGUCGUCGACGACGACGGCGUCAACUUCCGCUGACAGCAGCGCCACCAGUACCGGCUCGUCCGACAGCAGCGUUGCCUCGUCUGGCCUAGGCUCCGGGCUUCUCGGUGGCGGCUUGAGUGGCUUGACCGGUGGCGGUUCCAGCGGUGGUUCGAGUCUGCUCAGCGGCUUGAGCGGUCUGAGUGGAAGUGAUUCCAGCAGCAGUGGCGGUUCGAGCCUCCUGAGUGGAUUGAGCGGAUUGAGCGGGAGCAGCGGUUCCAGCGACAGCGGUUCGAGCAUGCUUGGCGGGCUCAGCGGUCUCAGUGGGCUUAGCGGGCUGGGAGGAUCGUCGAGCGGCGGAUCGGGCCUCAUGAGCGGUUUGAGCGGUCUGAGUGGCCUGAGCGGCCUUGGGGGCUCGAAGAAGAACUGA